CUGGGAGAGAUAGAAAGCGGUAGAGAGUCAGAGGGGAGGAGAAGAGAUCGUUGUCGAGGACUAAAAGGACUACCAGCAUGCGGACCAAAGUGGAUCAUAAGAAAAGAACUAAUCAGGAAUGCCCAAAGAAGUCAUCACCUGCAGAAAGUGAGAAAGGCUCUGACAGUGAUGUCCAAUAAGUGUUGGCUAAACUACAAAGGGGAUCAAUAAUGGAAGAAUCCCCAGAGUUUAUUGGCUAUUGAACUUCUGUCUACAACUUUUAUAUACAAAAAACAAAAAAAAACGUUCUAAAUCUGCUACAAAGACACUUGGAUUCAUUCUGGUAAACAAAGGCUGGAACUUUUUUCUCUCUGUUGGAUAUAACCUUGCUGAGGCUGGCUGAUGUCAUCGCUAGCCUCCAUCCCUUUCAGCUCCUCCGGGGGCUGAGCCAAUCUACAGAGGAGCAUGGGCAGGAGAGUGGCGGAUCCAACUAAUCCUGUGCCUGCCCUGGGAGUUCCUCUGGCUGGGGGGCGAUGGGGUCCACUUUGCAGCAUUGGGGUGCAGACAUCUCCCAGAAUGCAGACUCUUCCCUUAAUCAAACGACAUGGCAGCCAACAGCCCAACAUGCAUCAGCCCCUCACCAUGGCAACAGAACAAGCACUAGCAUCUGGCACAGGAAGAACUAUCAGAAGUGACAGCAAGAGCCUGCCAGUGUCAAAAGAGACAUCUCAGAACGAAAUCAACAGCCUUACGCAGGACGACAUGGGGUCCCAAGGGUCAGGGAGUGGAGUUUAUUGCCAGAUUAGGACCAUGCAAACAAACCCCAAGGAAACAAAAGACAAAAGGACAACUCGGUAUCUUAAUGGAAGUGUAGUAGCCUCAGAUUUGGUGGGAGGGGUUUGCAGUGAAGCUACAGAAGAUAAAGAGCCAGUCCAAGAGAGGAGAAGGGUGCAGUCAUUGCGAGGAGACAGCCAUCGCUCAGUGUUAAAAACAUCAAGUGUUUGUUCAGCUGCACACGCCACCACACCUCGGCCCUGCCGAAUAAUGGCAACCUCGCCACAGCGUCUUUGUGCGACAUGUGGGAGAAGACGGUCUCAAAUUACACAGUGCACAGGUGCUUGUCGCAGGAGAGCAGUCAAUCAAAUAACAGCAAGCCAGACUUUACCUAAUCCAGCACGGAAAACAUCUGUAGCUCCUCCCCAGUCAAGAAAAGCCUCUGCUGCUCUGAGCUCUCAGUCUUGUUCCAAAAGCACAGACAGAGCCAACCCACAGCAGCACACAUCAAAAAAGACUGCUCAAAUAGGCCAGCUGUCCCACACAAUGCCAAAAACACACAGUUCACAGUUUAACCACACAGUAAAUAGUCAUAACCAAACAAAAGACUCAAAGCUGCAGUUAAGACCCCAUUCUGCAGACUUUACAUGUUAUAAGGACUCAGCCACACAAACAUUAGAGACACACAUAGAUUCCAACACAAACAGGACAACAGCUAACACAACACCCACACAAAUCACUGAGGCAACCCCACCACAUCUAACAGAUAAACCUGAUCACAAUCAGAAUCAAAUCCAGAAAACUAAUGAAUCACUCCAAAACAUUUCAAAGGCUCAAACGCCAUGCUCCCUCAGUGAGUCAAAAUCCAGCAGCAUCCCACUUCUUCCACCAAAACAGUCUCCUAAGGCGACCUGUCCUACACCAGCUGCACCAGCAGAGCAAAUCAAAAACCAAGAGGCCACAAAGUCCCCUAAACAAUCUUUGGAAAGGAUCAAAUUCAAGGAUACAAAGCAGAAGAGCAAAUCAUUUGAUGACAACACUCUGCCUUGUAAGACUCAUAUGAAAGCACAAUGUAACGGAGCACCCGGUGGACUGUUAGACAGGACUUCACUGAAAGCGCCACCUGGGCUGGAGAGGCAACUGCAGAGUGUGGAGGAGAACCUUCUGUCAAAUCAGGAGAAGAUCAAGGUGCUUCUCAAUGUGAUUCAAGACCUGGAGAAGAGCAAAGCUAUGAUGGAAGGUCGCAGCUCAUACAGAACUGGCCAAGACAUAAACAACUGCUCUACCUGCCAGAAGACAGCCUGCAUCAUUUACAGUGUGGAGCAUGAUUUCCGACAGCAGGAAGGACGUUUCCAAGAGGUAAUUGAAGCCCUAGAAGGGGAAUAUGAUGUGCCUGCCCCAACUCAGACCAAGCCCACACCAGCUCCUUUGUCCUCCAGCCGCCCCAGCACCAAGGCACGUGUCAAAAAACUGCGGAAGAAGUGUUUCUGGUGGCUCUAAGUGUCAAAAUCUAAUACAUCUUCCUGGGCAGCAGGUGCAUAAGACCCUUGAUUUUAUUUCACAUGAGCCAAAACUUUCUGCUGCUGAGGAACUUUUUCAUACAGAUGUACAAAGAACCCAAGUUUGAACAUAUUGAAACCAAUAUGUUUUUUCUUACAUUUUCCAUGUAAUAGGAUUAUUUUCACAGCUUCUCAUUCAAAGGCCGGACAGAAUACAACAUUGACCACAGAGAAGAAAAAUGGGGAUGGAAAGAAAAGUUUAUCCUAAUGAGAAUGAGAUUCUCAACCUUAGAAGAUGACCCCCUCUGCAGCAAGAAAAAAACUUAAGGAGUUGAUUUCUCAACUAACUAAUUAAAGUACUGAAGCUACUUUUUAAACCAAAGCUGUGGAGGAUAACUGAGAAAGACUUCUGAUAUCAAAUGGAUUGAGUAGCCAGCCAGCUACAUGGAUUUACAGAUGUAUAGAAGGAGACGCAGCAAUAAGCAGCAGACAUGAUGUAAAACCAAGGAAAUAAACUAUUUGGGAAAUUCAUUUGGAAGCUUUUUUGCUGAAAUAUGAAUGUACAACCUUUAAAUUACUAGAGACAUGUUGGGGAAUAGAAGCAGAUGACCCAUGUGGAAACGGUGCGCUUGCUCAGUGGAUCAACAGCAUAAUAGAGAUUCCACAACGAAUACAUUAAGAGACAAUGUGAUAGACAGUUGAUGAAAGACUGACAAGUCUGUGUCAGAUUAUUAAAAAAUUCUGUCAACACCGACUGACAGAGUGAUUGAUUUUCUCUCUUAUUUUUCAGCAAAAAUUGAAUUUUUUUCUGAGGCUUAAUUUCAAUUCAAGGAGUUUCACACACUAUGCAUACAGAUACUUCCACAAAAAGGGUUUAUGACCACCAAAUUACACCGUUUAAUAAAUCAACUAAAUUCCAAGACAUAACUUUUCCUACAUAUGCAUGCAUAAAGGUCACCUUUAUUCUACUUGUGAUCCAGACCAUCUGUGGUAAAUGGUAAUUGGCCUGUGCUUGUAUAGCACUUUAUCAAGUCCAAGGACCCCACAGCGCUUCUUACCGCACUGUCACUUUGUUUUUAAAACCUAGCCAUCAUUAAUAAUGUAGAACUGUUAGUGGGGCCAGUAUCAUAACAUUGAUUUAAUAUAAAUAGGGAAUCUAAAAGUUGAGUUCUAAUUUCUUUCUUGCAUGAAUCGAAUUGUACAAAAUGAUUUUCAUUUGGAAAUGUUUAUCAGAAUUAACAAAAUUUAGUAACUACUUAAACUUGCCAUGUUCAAUAUUGGAGGAUGCUUCUUUAACCACAGAGCACUUCUUCUUGUGAAAUGAUGCCACACUUUUAUAAAAUGGCAACGCAAUCACAAGUAACACUGGGAAAUAUGCAUAGAAUAGUGAAAGUAAAACAUGCACGUUCUACAUGUUUCUAUCCUCAUCCCUGAAUGUGCAAACGGGGCUUUCUUUCUACUGGCACAUUAUUGUGCCAUGCUUGCUCUAGAGCCAUGGAGGGUACAACCACUAAUCUUACAAAGGCCUACUUCAGCAUCCUGUGGCUGACAAGUUGCCCCCAAUUAAAAUCGUGGAUGACAGCACACUUACUAAUUAUCCAAUCUAUAUCAAUGUCAUAGUAUUUUUAUAAUCUGUCCCUUUACAGUGCGUGAGCUCCAGCAAAGCCCUUUCCCCUGAUCUUCCACUUGUAUGUCGAAUAA